AUGGCUGACUGGCCAGCUAAAAGUGAUUGGCAGCUGCCAUGUCCACGUGCUUUGAGCUUCGAACCAGCUGUCGCGAGAAUUCGAUGUAAACAGACCGGUCUCCGUGUGGGCUGGUGGUGCUGCGGCUUUGAGGAGGCUUGGCGAGGACGUGGGACGAGCAGCGUGAGGGGAGAGGGCUUGGCUGGUUUUGUGAAUGAAGCAAUGGCUACAGAUUCCCCCAGAAGACCCAGUCGUUGUACUGGUGGAGUCGUGGUUCGCCCUCAGGCUGUCACGGAGCAGUCCUACAUGGAAAGUGUCGUGACUUUUCUGCAGGAUGUUGUGCCCCAGGCUUACAGUGGAACACCUCUAACAGAAGAAAAGGAGAAAAUAGUCUGGGUCAGAUUUGAAAAUGCAGAUUUAAAUGAUACAUCAAGAAAUCUGGAAUUUCAUGAAAUACAUAGCACAGGGAAUGAGCCACCUUUGCUGAUUAUGAUUGGCUACAGUGAUGGAAUGCAGGUCUGGAGCAUCCCUAUCAGUGGGGAAGCACAGGAGCUUUUUUCUGUUCGACAUGGCCCAAUUCGAGCAGCUAGAAUCUUGCCUGCUCCACAGUUUGGUGCUCCAAAGUGUGACAACUUCGCUGAAAAAAGGCCCCUCCUUGGUGUUUGUAAGAGCACUGGAUCUUCUGGCACAAGUCCACCUUACUGUUGUGUGGAUUUAUAUUCACUUCGUACUGGGGAGAUGGUCAAGUCCAUUCAGUAAACACCUAUCUAUGAUCUCCAUUGCAAUUUUAGGAUCCUUGUCGUAGUAUUGCAGGAGAAAAUUGCUGUUGAUAGCUGUACUUUCACAAAAAAAUUUUUUGUGUCUAGCUGCUACCCUUGUCCCGGGCCCAACAUGAAUCCUAUUGCUCUUGGGAGCCGCUGGCUUGCUUAUGCAGAAAACAAGUUGAUUCGAUGUCAUCAGUCCCGUGGUGGAGCCUGUGGGGACAACAUUCAGUCUUAUACUGCCACAGUCAUUAGUGCUGCUAAAACGUUGAAAACUGGCCUGACAAUGGUUGGGAAGGUGGUAACUCAGCUGACAGGCACACUGCCUUCAGGUGUGACAGAAGAUGAUGUUGCCAUCCACAGUAAUUCAAGGCGGAGUCCUCUGGUCCCAGGCAUCAUCACAGUAAUCGACACUGAGACAGUUGGAGAGGGCCAGGUGCUUGUGAGUGAGGAUUCUGACAGUGAUGGCAUCGUGGCCCAUUUCCCUGCUCAUGAAAAACCAGUGUGCUGUAUGGCUUUUAAUACAAGCGGAAUGCUUCUAGUCACAACAGAUACCCUUGGCCAUGACUUCCAUGUCUUCCAAAUUUUGACUCAUCCUUGGUCCUCAUCACAAAGUGCUGUCCAUCAUCUGUAUACUCUUCACAGGGGAGAAACUGAAGCCAAAGUACAAGACAUAUGCUUCAGCCAUGACUGUCGCUGGGUUGUGGUCAGUACACUCCGGGGGACUUCCCACGUUUUCCCAAUCAACCCUUAUGGUGGCCAGCCUUGUGUUCGAACACAUAUGUCACCACGAGUCGUAAAUCGUAUGAGCCGUUUCCAGAAGAGUGCUGGUCUGGAAGAGAUUGAACAGGAACUGACGUCUAAGCAAGGAGGUCGCUGUAGCCCUGUUCCAGGUCUAUCCAGCAGCCCUUCUGGAUCACCUCUGCACGGGAAACUCAACAGCCAAGACUCCUACAAUAAUUUUGCCAACAACAACCCUGGCAACCCCCGGCUUUCUCCUCUCCCCAGCCUGAUGGUAUUGAUGCCUCUUGCACAAAUCAAGCAGCCAAUGACAUUGGGGACCAUCACCAAACGAACAGGGCCUUAUCUGUUUGGAGCGGGGUGUUUUUCCAUAAAAGCUCCAUGCAAAGUUAAACCACCUCCACAAAUUUCACCCAGCAAAUCAGUGGGCGGAGAAUUUUGCGUGGCUGCGACGUUUGGGACAUCCCGAUCGUGGUUUGCAAAUAAUGCAGGUCUGAAAAGAGAAAAAGAUCAGUCCAAACAAGUUGUAGUUGAAUCCCUCUACAUUAUUAGCUGCUACGGGACCUUAGUGGAGCACAUGAUGGAGCCACGACCGCUUAGCGCUGCCCCCAAGAUCAGCGAUGACACCCCGCUGGAAAUGAUGACAUCUCCCCGAGCCAGCUGGACUCUGGUUAGAACUCCUCAAUGGAAUGAAUUGCAACCACCAUUUAACGCAAACCACCCUCUGCUCCUCGCUGCAGAUGCAGUACAGUAUUAUCAGUUCCUGCUUGCUGGCCUGGUUCCCCCUGGAAGUCCUGGGCCCAUUACUCGGCAUGGGUCCUAUGACAGUUUAGCUUCUGACCAUAGUGGGCAGGAAGAUGAAGAGUGGCUGUCUCAGGUAGAAAUUGUAACGCACACCGGACCCCACAGACGUCUGUGGAUGGGUCCACAGUUCCAGUUCAAAACCAUCCAUCCCUCAGGCCAAACCACAGUCAUAUCAUCCAGUUCAUCUGUGUUGCAGUCUCAUGGUCCAAGUGAUACUCCACAGCCCCUUUCGGAUUUUGAUACAGAUGAUCUUGAUCUCAACAGUCUCAGGAUCCAGCCAGUCCGCUCUGACCCAGUCAGCAUGCCAGGGUCAUCCCGUCCAGUGUCUGAUCGAAGGGGAAUUUCCACCGUGAUUGAUGCUGCCUCAGGUACCUUCGACCGGAGCGUGACCCUGCUGGAGGUGUGUGGGAGCUGGCCGGAGGGCUUCGGGCUGCGGCACAUGGCCUCCAUGGAGCACACGGAGGAGGGCCUGCGGGAGCGGCUGGCCGAUGCCAUGGCCGAGUCACCGAGCCGGGACGUGGUGGGCUCUGGAACAGAGCUACAGCGAGAGGGAAGCAUCGAGACUCUGAGUAACAGCUCAGGUUCCACCAGCGGCAGCAUCCCGAGAAACUUCGAUGGCUACCGAUCUCCACUGCCCACCAACGAGAGUCAGCCCCUCAGCCUCUUCCCUACCAGCUUCCCGUAGGUACCAGCAACCUGCUUCUGGCUGGCUGGCCCACUCACCUGCUGGAGGGAGGAGAGAAGUCCCCCCUCUGGUCCUGCCCUUCGGACUCUGCUCGUCUUUUACCAACCACCUUCCCCAAGCUUCGUGACAACAGCCGCCCACCCUCCCUGGAUCGAGAAGAGACCCUUCUCCAAAGCACCUCGGCUCACUAUGACCUCUGCCCCCCAUCAGCGGGGCCGUGGCUGAGAGAGACUCUGCAGAAGCUCCGUCCCCUCCUCCGUUUGCACACGAUGUCCUGCAUUGGACCCGCUUUUGUAUUUUCUAACCAAACCCUUGGGGGGCCUGGGUGGGGAGAGGGUGGGUGGUCCGGCGGGCACUUUGGCCCUGAGCGACAGCCCCAGCUCACUCCUGGCUUUGGCACACGCUGCCCAGCUUCCCUUGGCCAACCUCCUUCUGGCGUUGAACUGAGGCCCAGAGUAUUAGGGAAGGAGGAAGGAAGAAGAAACCCCCCUUCCUCUUUUCUUUCCCCUUUGGCUCAUGGAAAGGAUUUGUCUUUCUUGUCUGUAAGCCCUUUUACCCUGGUCCUGUACUGUUCAGUGAAGGAAACCCUGGUUACUGAGGCCCUGUCAAAAAGUGCACGUCUUGUUCAAUAAAUCACGCUGCAGUUG